GGGUUCGCUACCUCGUUUCCUGGCUCCCUUCACCUUCUGCCCGGACCCAGGUUACAACCGCAGGUGACCCCUCAACUCAAAUCCCAGGUGGGCGGGUGACAGACAACGAUGGAAAAUGUGAACACUAAUAAGGAAGACAUGACCGGGGAGUCUAUUCCAAAUUCAGAGGGCACGGAGAGCAUCCUUCAGCAGGUGACUGAGGAAGAGCAAGCACAGCUUCUCCUUCACGAGGAAACCAUUGAUCUCGGUGGGGAUGAGUUUGGGUCUGAAGGGAAUGAGACCAUAUCAGAAGAUUCGAACAAUUUCAUGGAUAAGCUUAAUGAGCAUAUGAUGGAAAGUGUCUUCAUCUCUGACUCUCCUAAUAACAGUGAAGAUGAUGUGGGCGAACUUGGUUGUUUGCAGGAUGUUGUAGAGCCUGAGGAAAGCCAAUCUGAUAACAAAAUGGAAAAUAUAGAUAAAGAAGGAGUUGAUACUGUGAGUAAUAACAGUGAAACGGACCAUGAGGAUACACCAAAAGAUGUCUCUGACAUGACUCCUGAUAGCAAAGCCUCUUUGAAAGAAGACCCAGCUCAAGAAGAAAUAAAGGACAUGCCUGUAUUUGAAAGUGGAAAUGCAGUGGGCUCCGUCCCAACUGACCCAGAAGAACAGAUGUCAGAAGUAUCUUCUGGUCAGCCUUCUAAAGAUGAACCUGUCCCUGUUUGUACCAUUUUCAGUCAGUCAAAUACAGCUAAUUCCCAACAUCACUUAUUUCUCCAUGAUGGCUUUGAGUCUCAGAUGGUAAAAUCUCCGAGUUUCAGCAGUGCGAGUGAAACUUCAGCCAAGACACCCCCUCAGGUCGUCCAGCCAAGCCCCAGCCUGAGUAAAUUUUUUGGCGAUACAACCAACACAAAUUCGUUGGCUUCUGACUUCUUUGAUUCAUUUACUACCUCCACUUUCAUUUCUGUCAGUAAUCCUAAUGCAGGCUCCUCGGUUCCAGAAAAAUUGUCUUCUCUGACUACUACAGUAGGAGAUAAAUCUCCUGAUUCUGUUGAUCCUUCCUACUCUCCAAGGAUGGAAAGAUCAGAAUCAGGCAUUUCUACAGCUUCUCUAGAAAUUUCUCAAAGCCCCAAACCAUUUUCUCAGAUACAAGCUGUAUUUGCAGGAAGUGAUGACCCCUUUGCCACUGCCCUGAAUAUGAGUGAGAUGGACCGAAGAAAUGAUGCUUGGCUUCCUAGUGAGGGGACCCGGAAUGUUUUGAUUUCUGUAGCAACUCAACAGUAUAGCACUGUGUUCAUUGACAAGGAGAAUCUCACCAUGCCAGGUUUAAAGUUUGACAACAUCCAGGGAGAUGCGGUUAAAGACUUAAUGCUUCGCUUCCUGGGUGAACAAGCUGCCGCUAAGAGACAAGUUUUAAAUGCCAACUCAGUAGAACAGUCUUUUGUUGGAUUGAAGCAGCUAAUUAACAGCAAAAACUGGAGGGCAGCAGUUGACCUAUGUGGACGCCUCCUUACAGCCCAUGGUCAAGGCUAUGGCAAGAAUGGGCUGCCUACCAGUCACACAACAGAUUCACUGCAGCUCUGGUUUGUGAGACUGGCACUACUGGUAAAGUUGAGCCUUUUCCAGAAUGCUGAAGUGGAAUUUGAACCCUUCGGAAAUCUUGAUCAGCCAGACCUUUAUUAUGAAUACUAUCCCCAUGUGUAUCCUGGACGUAGAGGCUCAAUGGUUCCCUUCUCAAUGCGGAUCUUACAUGCAGAGCUUCAGCAGUAUCUGGGAAAUCCUCAGGAAUCACUUGAUAGACUGCACACAAUGAAAACCAUCUGCAGCAAGAUUCUAAUGAAUUUGGAGCAAGGCUUAGCUGAAGAUGGGAGCAUGAGUAAUAUUACCCAAGAAAACAGACAAGCCUCUGUUCAGCUGUGGAGGUCACGUCUGGGCCGGGUGCUGUACUCUGUGGCAAACUGUCUGCUAAUGAUGAAGGAUUAUGUGCUUGCUGUGGAUGCCUAUCAUUCGGUUAUCAAAUACAACCCAGAGCAAGAGCCUCAACUGUUGAGUGGGAUUGGACGAAUUUUCCUUCAGAUUGGAGACAUAAAAACAGCAGAAAAGUAUUUUCAAGAUGUUGAAAAAGUGGCACAGAAAUUGGAUGGACUUCAGAGUAAAAUCAUGGUUCUAAUGAACAGAGCUUUCCUUCAGCUCGGGCAGAAUCACUUUGCAGAAGCCCACAAAUGCUUCACAGAAAUUUUACGAAUUGAGCCAACAAAUGCAGUGGCUAAUAACAAUGCGGCCGUGUGUCUGCUUUAUCUGGGGAAGCUGAAGGAUUCCCUCCGGCAACUGGAAGCAAUGGUCCAGCAAGACCCCAAACACUACCUGCACGAGAGCGUGCUCUUCAACCUGACCACCAUGUAUGAGCUGGAGUCCUCCCGCAGUAUGCAGAAGAAGCAGGCUCUGCUGGAGGCGGUCGCUGUCAAAGAAGGGGACAGCUUCAACACACAGUGUCUCAAGUUAGCAUAGGUCGUUUCCUCUGUCUAGUCCCUCCGUGAGUGACUUGGGUUUUUAUAACUGUAUAAAUAGGAACUAACGUAUGAAUGAAGUUCUGAUUCAAUAAAAUCACCUUCACGGUU